ACUGAAUUAGCAGGCUUACGGACCAUUCUGGCGUUCAAGAUGUAGUGCUGAAUGUGACGCGGUAACGAUAUGGAGAUGAGCUUGGGCUAGUGUCGCACAGACCCGAACAUCGCCCAUGGGCACCUAGGCCUCCGUUCAAGUUAAACAUCAGCAAUAACUUCCCUGCACCUGCGCAUCUCCAAGCCCCAAAGCGCGUUUCGCUCGAUUCACGCAGUGUCGCCGAACCACACGCACUCAUUGCGCCGCGAUCGAGUCGAACCCCGCGGCCGCUGUAGCCACGAAACAACGGGACUGGUGUAGGAGGGGUCCACGUAGGGGAUUGAGCUCUGCAACCAAAGCAUAAACAUGGCGGUCAAUCGGAUCAAAGGCGCAUUUGCGCCUCCAAGAAAGGGCGAGACGUUCGAACUGAGAGCUGGUCUAGUCUCCCAAUACGCAUACGAACGGAAAGAAGCCAUUCAGAAGACUAUCAUGUCCAUGACACUGGGCAAGGACGUGUCCUCUCUGUUUCCAGAUGUGCUGAAGAACAUUGCAACGGCAGAUCUGGACCAGAAAAAGCUGGUAUACCUAUAUCUCAUGAACUACGCAAAGUCACACCCAGAUUUAUGCAUUCUCGCCGUCAAUACCUUCGUACAGGACUCCGAAGAUCCAAACCCUCUCGUGCGAGCGCUUGCGAUACGGACGAUGGGGUGCAUUCGGGUAGACAAGAUGGUGGACUAUAUGGAAGAGCCGCUACGAAAAACGCUCAGAGACGAAUCGCCAUAUGUUCGGAAAACAGCAGCUCUGUGCGUGGCCAAGCUCUACGAUCUCUCACCUGCAAUGUGCCUAGAGAACGGCUUUCUUGAGCAGCUUCAGGAGCUUGUUGGUGACCCCAAUCCUAUGGUGGUGGCGAACUCGGUCACUGCUCUGGUGGAAAUCAUGGAAACAUCUCCGGAAACGAAGGCGCUGGUCAUUACUCCGCAGACACUGAAGAAGAUGCUGUUGGCGUUGAACGAAUGCACUGAGUGGGGGCGAGUCACAAUUCUGACAACCCUGGCAGACUACAAGGCAGCAGACAUCAAGGAAGCAGAACACAUCUGUGAACGAGUUGUUCCACAAUUCCAACACGUCAAUCCAAGUGUCGUCUUAGCUGCUGUCAAGGUUGUUUUCUUGCAUAUGAAGAACAUCUCUCCUGAGCUGCUGAAGUCGUACACAAAGAAGAUGGCGCCACCCCUGGUCACACUGGUCUCUUCCGCACCUGAAGUGCAAUACGUCGCGCUGCGAAACAUCGAUCUCCUCCUACAGAAGCAGUCAGACAUCUUGAGCAAAGAAAUGCGCGUGUUCUUUUGCAAAUACAACGAUCCCAAUUACCUCAAGAUGCAGAAGCUGGAAAUUAUGGUGCGGAUAGCGAACGACAAGAACGUAGACCAGCUACUUGCAGAACUGAAGGAGUACGCACUCGAAGUAGACAUGGACUUCGUCCGCAGAGCGGUCAAAGCUAUCGGGCAGGUUGCUAUCAAGAUCGAGAGCGCCAGCGAGAAGUGCGUCAAUACCCUACUGGAUCUUAUCAACACCAAAGUCAACUACGUCGUCCAAGAAGCUAUUGUGGUGAUCAAGGAUAUUUUCCGAAAAUAUCCGGGAUACGAAGGAAUCAUUCCAACAUUGUGUCAGUGCAUUGAUGAGUUGGACGAGCCCAACGCAAGAGCAUCGCUAAUUUGGAUUGUUGGCGAGUACGCUGAGAAGAUCAACAAUGCUGGGGAGAUACUCACUAACUUUGUGGAUACCUUCGCAGAAGAGUUCACCCAGACCCAACUUCAAAUUCUCACUGCGGUGGUCAAGCUUUUCCUUAAGAAACCAGACCAAGCUCAGGAUCUCGUCCAGAGAGUGUUGCAGGCUGCAACGGCUGAGAACGAUAACCCUGAUAUCAGGGAUCGAGCCUACGUAUACUGGCGAUUGCUCUCGAGCGACCCGCAGAUCGCGAAGGAUAUCGUACUAUCCGACAAACCUCCCAUCACCUCGACAAUCCGCUCUCUGCCUCCUCAGCUCCUUGACAGCCUCCUCAACGACCUUUCGACAUUGGCCUCUGUUUACCAUAAGCCGCCAGAGGCUUUCCUCGGCCAAGGUCGUUUCGGUGCGGAAGCUAUGCAGCGUGCUGCUAUCGAAGAGCAGCAGGAAGACGCAAGACAGAACCCGAUUGCUGCAGCGGCAGUCGCAGCAGCAGUGAGCGGACAGACAGCACCUCAGUCGAAUAUGGAGAACCUCCUUGAUAUCGACUUUGAUGGCUCUGCUCCAGCAUCGCUUCAAAAAGAGCCAUCGCAAGGACAGUCGGGUCUCGAAGGUCUCGCCGGCACACCACAGCGCGUUGCGUCUCCCGCAGUGGGUGGUGCUCAACAAUCACAAUCCAAUAUGGACGAUCUACUAGGUCUGUUUGGAGACGGCGGAAGCGGAGGAGCACCUGCUGCAUCUGCGCAAAUGAGUAAUGACGACAUCAUGAACGGUUUCGCAAAUAUGAACAUGCAAUCGAAUCAGCCUCCGCCUCCACAGCAGCAAACAGGGGCAGAGGCUAGCAAGAAGUCCAACCAAGAUCUAUUGGACCUAUUUUAGGCUUAUGCAAGUACGAGGGCAUUAGUAUUAGAUCAUGUUAGCAAACAGUUUAUGCGGCACUCGCGCGCAUCUGCACAAUGAAAGAUGGGCAGAGAGGCAUCAGUGGAUUCACAUAGACGUCGUUGCCUAUUGCCUUCAGCCUGGAGUGACGCUCCUGCCUCUUAGCGUCCUUUCG